UAUCCUGUGUGUGGAUGGAUGGGCUGGGAAAUGCUGUAUCCAUAUUCCGGGCGCGCGCGCCUCUGCGGAGGGGCGUCCGAGUUGGCACCCGCUAAGUGAGGUAAGGAGAAGGAGGCGGCAGGCAGCGCUUGGUUCCCUCUCUCUCCGCGGCCUGAGGCGCAGAAAUAAACACUGGAAAGGAUCAUUUACCGUGUGUUUUCAGAAGAAACCACAAUAUAGAGAGUACCCAAAAGCAUGGACACAGAAGGAUUCCCCCCACCGCCACCACCUGAAGUUUUAGAAAAUGAACUAACAACUGGCACUGCUGAUGAUGAAGAGGAGGAAGAAGGAGAACAGUUCGACUUUGAUAGCGGAGAUGAAAUUCCAGAAGCCGACAGGCAAACUGCUUUGCCAUCGAAUUUAGAGUCUAGGAAGAAUAACGCAGAACAGGAAGAAGUGAAUUCUACAGGGAAUGAAAAUGUGGAUGGAGCCGAGAAAAUGGCGGGAGCUGAAGGCACAGCAGAGGUGGUCCCACCAAGAGUAAACCCAUACUCUGUCAUAACAAUUUCGCCAGUGCAAGAAAAGGAGCCAUCAUUGUCACCAGAGCCAAGCCCACAGGAUGGAAGUAUAAGCCCUACUCUCCCAAGUGGAUAUUCUGUUCCUGUGGCCUGUGGUUAUGCUGUACCAUCCAACUUACCGUUGCUGUUGCCAGCAUACUCCAGUCCUGUCAUAAUACGAACUGUGUCUGUGGAUGAAGAAGCAAACGUUCAUAUAGUUGCUGAAGACUGCCAUAAUUCUCAGAGUUCAGAGGAUCCCCAGAACGGUGAAGAUAAUCGGGGAAAUAAAGAUGAGAAUGCCUUGGCCAAAUGGGCUGCUGAUCCUGCAAACACAGACUGGAUGGAGAAUCCAGAUGAGGUAAUAUAUGAUGAUGUGCCAAGAGAAAAUUCAGACUCAGAACCAGAGGAGAUGAUUUACGAUGAUGUUGAAAAUGGAGAUGAAGGUGGAAAUAGCUCUCUAGAAUAUGGGUGGAGUUCGAGUGAGUUUGAAAGCUAUGAAGAGCAAAGCGAUUCAGAGUGUAAGAAUGGAAUGCCCAGUUCUUUUCUGCGUGGCAACCACAGAAGACAACUUUCUCAUGACCUAACCCGUUUAAAGGAGCACUAUGAGAAAAAGAUGAAAGAUUUGAUGGCAAACACGGUGGGAGCUGUAGAGAUUCAGCAACUAAAGCAAAAACAUGAGCUGAAGAUGCAAAAGCUAAUGAGGGCAGCUAGGGAAGGAACCAAAGAUGGACUAGAAAAAACUAAAGCUGCUGUGAAGAAAGGCCGGUCAUUCAUUAGAACGAAGUCAUUUAUUAGUCAUGACCAUAGAUCAAGCUGCCUAGAAGAAGAGGAACUGUUUAUUGAUGUAGACUGUAUGCAUACAGAGGCAAUCAUGACACCGAUGCCCGAUGGAUUAUCGCAACAACAGGUGGUGAGAAGAUAUAUUUUAGGUGCCGUGGUUGACAGUGAGAAAAAUUACGUGGAUGCUCUCAAAAGGAUUCUAGAGCAGUACGAGAAGCCUCUUUCAGAAAUGGAACCCAAACUAUUGAGCGAGAGGAAACUGAAGAUGGUGUUUUACCGAAUUAAGGAAAUUCUUCAGUGCCAUUCAAUGUUUCAAAUAGCACUGGCCAGUCGUGUCUCUGAGUGGGAUUCUCUUGAGAUGAUUGGAGAUGUCUUCGUUGCAUCGUUUUCUAAAUCUAUGGUGCUGGAUGCUUACAGCGAGUAUGUAAAUAAUUUUAGCACUGCUGUGGGGAUUCUGAAGAAAACGUGUGCCACUAAACCUGCCUUCCUUGAAUUUUUAAAGCAAUGCCAAGAAUCUGGUCCUGAUAGAAUUACACUCUAUGGCUUAAUGAUGAAACCCAUACAGCGCUUUCCUCAGUUUAUCCUACUAUUACAGGAUAUGUUGAAGAACACGACUAAAGGCCACCCUGACAGGCUGCCUCUACAGAUGGCCCUCACAGAGCUUGAAACAUUGGCAGAGAAAUUAAACGAAAGGAAAAGGGAUGCUGAUCAGCGCUGCGAAAUAAAACAAAUCGCAAAAGCCAUGAAUGAGCGUUAUCUGAACAAGUUACUCAGCAGUGGGAACAGGUGCCUCGUGCGAACUGAUGAUAUGCUGGAAACUGUUUACAACGACAGAGGAGAAAUCGUGAAAACCAAAGAACGGCGACUGUUCAUGUUAAAUGAUGUACUGAUGUGUGCGACUGUGAAUGUCCGUUCUUCCCAUGAAAACAGUGGCAUUGUGACUGGCGAAAGGUACUUGCUAAAAUGGAGUGUCCCCCUCGGGCAUGUGGACGUUAUAGAGUAUGGGAGCAAUGAAAGUCAAGAUGAAAAUUGCAGAUUCCCUCCACAACAUUCCUCUGAGAAUAUUGCUGUUAAUGCCAAGCCAAACAAGCUUUAUAUGGGACCAGGGCAACUGUACCAUGAUUUGCAGAAUCUAUUACACGAUUUGAAUGUAGUUGGCCAAAUCAGUCAACUAAUAGGCAGUCUUAAAGGAAACUACCAGAAUUUAAAUCAGUCAGUGGCACAUGACUGGACCUCAGGUUUACAAAAGCUUAUUUUGAAAAAAGAAGACGAAAUCAGAGCUGCAGACCGCUGUAGGAUUCAACUUCAGCUUCCAGGAAAGCAGGACAAAUCAGGACGGCCUACUUUCUUUACAGCGGUGUUCAAUACAUUUACACCUGCCAUCAAACAGUCUUGGAUCAAUAAUUUACAAAUGGCUAAACUUGCUCUCGUUGAGGAGAAUCUGCUGGGCUGGUUCUGCAUAGAUGAUGACGGGAAUCAGAUAAAAAAAGAGAAGCACCCACUGCUUGUAAAGCACAUGCCUGUGAUGAUGGCCAAACAACAGGAGUUUAAGGUGGAAUGUGCUGCUUACAAUCCUGAACCAUACUCGGGGGCAGAAACUGAUCCAGAUUCUCUCACUGUAGAGCAUGGUUUUCUGUGGAUUGGCAGUUGUACUAACCAAAUGGGCCAAAUUGCCAUUGUAUCAUUCCAAAACUCCAGUCCAAAAGUUAUUGAAUGUUUCAAUGUGGAAUCGAGGAUUCUCUGCAUGGUCUACAUUCCAGAAGACGAGAAACGUAAAGAAUCAAAUAUGCCUUCUGAGCCAGAAGAUACACCGACAAAGCCCUCCAGUGUGCCUACCAUUUGCCUUGGCAUGGAAGAAGGAAGCAUCUCUGUUUACAAAAGUAGUCAAGGCUCAAAGAAGGUGCGACUUCAACAUUUCUUUGCUCCUGAGAAAUCUACUGUCAUGAGCCUCGUUUACAAGACUCACCAUUUGUUUGCCGGCCUUGUCAAUGGUAACAUCGCCAUCUACACAAAGCUGGAAGAUGGAGCUUGGAACUCAGAACCUCAGAAAGUAGUAAAGUUGGGUGUCCUUCCAGUAAGAAGUCUCCUUGUCAUGGAAGAAACCAUCUGGGCUGCUUCUGGCGGACAAAUUUUUAUAAUCAGUACCGAAACUCAUACUGUAGAGGGCCACUUUGAAGCCCAUCAAGAGGAAGGGAUGGUGAUUUCUCACAUGGCUGUUGCAGGAGUUGGGAUCUGGAUUGCCUUCACAUCGGGAUCUACACUUCGCCUUUUCCACACCGAAACCCUUAAGCAUCUCCAAGAUGUGAAUGUCGCUACCCUGGUUCACAAUCUGUUGUCAGGGCAGCAGCGUGUUUCUGUGACCAGCCUUCUAGUUUGUCAUGGCUUGUUAUUGGUUGGAACAAAUCUUGGGAUAAUAGUAGCACUCCCGGUUCCUCGUUUGCAAGGAAUUCCCAAAGUAACUGGAAGAGGAAUGGUUUCUUACCAUGCACAUAACGGCCCAGUUAAGUUCCUCGUAAUGGCCUCUGUGACCAACAAGCGAAGCAAAAGCAAAUCAAGGCACAGCCUGAGUCGUCCUCGUUCGGGAUUGAAAGAUGAGGACCAAAAGAACGUUGUUCACCACGAGAGACCUAGUUCUUCUCUGAGCAACCCCAAUGACAGUGCUGUUUGGCUGGGAGGUUCGGUAGGGUCCAUCGCUCAGAAAAGUGACUUGUCUUCAUCUUCUGGGUCCCUGACGUUGUCUCAUGGAUCAAACACAACUGAACACAGGCCCGAGGAGAGUGCUGUCUAUGAGCUUUUGAAAGAAGUCUCUCUUAGCCAGAGUAAAAAAUGUCGAUCCAAAGGAGGAAAAGCAAUAUCUGUCUUGGUCAUCUCUGGAGGACAAGGACACAGAAGAGUGAACAAGAAGUGUAAGCAGCAGCGGCCGGAUGAACUGGUUUCGUCUGUGAUGGUUUGGCAGGUCCCACUAUUAAAGAUCUAACAACACAAUA